AUGGAGGAUGAUAAGACCCGAUAUCUGAGUCAGAACAUAUUUUUCCAGCUAAACCACUGGAAUACACAGAUGGGUCUACAAGUGAAAGAACUCGGAGAUGAUCACAUGGGCUGGAUGAAGAAAAUUAACAGUAUUAUACAAAAAGUAACCCUAUCAGAAAGCACAGUGAAGAGCUUGUUAAGUGAGGUGAUGUCUUUGGAGGGCCAAAUUGAAAAGCUGGAGUUACACCAGGGCCGUGACCCUGACAAGGGGGAAAACAUCAAGGAGAAGAUUGUGGAAAUUAAAAAGCAACUAGGAGAAAUGGAUAACAAAUUUGUCCAGGUUGAUUCUUGUAAUGAAGCUCAUGAAUUAAAGGAGAAACUCGUUGCAAAAAUAGAGAACUUCUGCAAGGACAUGACUGUGAUGAGUAAAAGACUGGGGAUGUACCCAGUGAGAGAAGAGCACACAAACUCUUGGAGUCCUGAAGACACGGGUAGGGAAGAAAUGGAGCAUCUGCUUCUUCAGGCUCCCCCGACCCCUUCAGUGCAGAACUCCCCUCCUCGCAGUACCUUGUGGAAACGUGCACUGAGGAUUUUCAUCAUAUUUUAUGCCCUCACCUUCACUGUACUUUCAUGUUACAUAUUAUUUUUUGAUGUCACGUUUAUCUUUGAAAGCGUGCUCCCUACAAUGCUUGGGCGCCGCAGAACAUGGGAACUACGGGAGAUUAUUGUGCCUUUCUUAAAUUUGGAAGUGGAAGACUUGUUACCCUCCUAAAGAUACAGAAAUUGCUGUUACACUACUGACUUUCUCCCCAAUAAAAUUCUGGCUGUUCUUGUGU